UCGUGCAUGUACUUCAUGUUUCUGACAAGGGCGCAGUUAUCACACCUUCAAAAUGUGUACACAAGUUCUGGUAUGUUCGAAUCUCUUCUUUCUUUUCACACGCGUCGGGCAUACGUGUAUUAAUAUUGCAACCAUAUUCCGAUGACAAUUUCCUACUGCUAUCCGAUCUUUUGACACCAUUUGGCUUGAACAUUUUAUGCGUAAAUGCAUGGGAACACUUGUUACUCGAAUCUUCCGAUUUCUUCCAUUAUUUGCUUAUUGCGCCUGAAAUAACCAUAGAUCAACCGUCCACUUUGAUUUAUAUCAGUCAACUGUACAAAGAUAAAGACAGUAGUAAGACGAUAGAAUAG